AUGAACGCUCAGAAUGGAGAUCUCAGCUUAGAUUUCUUAAUGAGAAAAUCUCAGGAUGUUGCUGCCUUCCUUCCUGAUGAACUCUCUUACCUCGUAGAAGCUUUCGCGCCUUCUCAGCCAGAACCAUCGCGCUCGAAAGCGUAUCUCGUGCUCUCUGCGUUCUGUCAAGGAACGCGAUCGCAAAACCCUCAGGAGUCUGGAUCCACAAACACUGCCACGGAAACACUAGAGAAAGUUUUCCAGCAUCUCAUCAUCUCCCGUAUAUCCGAUCAUCAGGAACAGGAUGCUAUAGUUAUUGGACUUUCUUUCUUCUCUGCAUUAUUCCACGUCAACUGGCAGUCCGCUUCCUGUAUUUUCGCGCAAGAUGGCGUGGUCGAAUAUGUGACAGAUGCCCUUGAUUUAUUUCCAUCAUCAGCUUCAGUUGCCCUAGAGGUCGCUCGUAUAAUCGGCCAGGCUAGUGGACACAAGGCAUGCCGGACUCUGAUACCCGAGGAAAUCGUCACCUGGCUUGGGAACAAGUCACGUCAGGCUACCGAUAAAAACUUGCGCGCAGCAGCAGCUAUCGCCCUCGUAAAAUUAUCUCGAGGGGUGGCAACGGAUGCCUCAGAAGGCGCAGAUGCGUCUCAGGCCACGCAAUCUACCUCCAAGGAUAUGGAGCUAGCCAAUUUGCUGAAAGGAAUGGUCAUCGGUGACAAAGAUUCUCUAUCCUCCCUCAACGACGUCGUUGAAGGCCUGGCAUACCUCAGUGUUGACCCAGACGUCAAACAUGCCCUGGCGAAUGAUCCUAAGUUCUUGCAGCAGCUCUUUACACUUGUCCCUAGACGUAAGCCACUGCCAACAUCUACCAGUAAUUCUAGCCUCCUCUUUGGCAUCCUUCUUAUCAUAUCCAACCUCUGUGCCUACCGUCCUCGCCUCAGUCAGGAAGACGCGCAGGUAGCUAAGCUGAAACGCAUGGCUAAAGCUGGAAAUGGAUCCAACAGGACGAUGUCCGAGGAACCGCUAAAUGCAUUGGAAGAUGAUGUUACAGUUAGGUCCAGAUGCCGUCAAGCUCUUGCAAGUGGCGCCCUUGAUGUCUUGUCUGUGGCUUCUGGUGUAGAGAGUCAAGGCAUCAGACUGGCAUUGGGUAAAAUCUACCUGAGCAUCGUAGAGGACAAAGAUAACAGAGGCAAGGUCCUCCAGAGCGGAGGUGCACGGAGUCUUUCUCGUGUCAUACAGUCCUCUACAUCAUCAUCUACACCGAUUGAUACCUCUCUUCUCCCUGCGAUCCAAGCUUUAGCGAAAUUGACCAUCACGUCUUCCCCCCUUCAAGUCUUCGGGCCCGGUGAUGGCGCUAUGCUUGAUGCAAUACGGCCCCUGUCCCAACUGCUGCUCCAUCUAUCUUCAAACCUCCUACAACAAUUCGAAGCCUUAAUGGCCUUAACGAAUCUUGCUUCACAGAGCACAGGGUGUGCCGAUCGCAUCUAUAGCACCCCGCACCUUCUCAACAAAGUUGAGCUCCUCAUGCUAGAGGAGCAUACACUCAUCCGUCGGGCAGCCACCGAGCUGAUAUGUAAUCUUAUUGGGGGUUCGGAGAAGGCCUUUUCGAGGUAUGGUGGUUCUCCGGAUGUCCAUGCAACAAAGUCCAAAUUACAAGUACUUCUUGCGAUGUCGGACAUGGAUGAUCUUCCAACGAGACUCGCUGCGUCCGGUGCUUUGGCAACCGUGACCAGCGUGUCUACUGCUUGUCAGGCAGUAUUUGAACUCCAGUUGGAUCGCCACCGAGCAUUCUCAAUUAUUGCACGUCUUAUUGACCCAUCUGUAACUCUGGAGGACGACGACCCUGAUGACGACGAAGUAGCCGUAAAUCCAGGGCUUGUACAUCGUGGAGUCGUAUGCCUUCAUCACAUUCUCGAUCCCCAGUGUGCUCUCCCUCGUAUAUCGUUCGCAGAGGAAGUAGAGAAGGCUGGUUUGAUGAAUGUCAUGACUAGAUUGCUGAAAGGUGAACUUGGAUCAUUUGACACUGCUGUAACUACCCCUGCUGCUGAGGCUAUAUCUAAGAAGGCGGGCAAGAAGACUGCCCCGAAGUCAGCUGGAGUGACUAAAGUUGCCAAGGCAGAUUGGAAAGAGGGAUUUAAAAAGAAACAAGCCGGAGUGUCCGAUAUGACGCUUCUGACAACUAUCGACGAGAAUAACAUCAACACCAACCUUCAGAAGCGUUGGACUGUCGGAGAGAUCUACACUUACAUCGGCGGCGUAUUAAUAUCCGUGAACCCUUUUAAAGGUGAGGCCCUAUGUGUUCAAAAUGUGCUAUCUAACGUUGGGGUAAAAUACCUUUCAGAUCUAGGAAUCUAUACAGAUGAAACCCUUCAGAAGUACAAGGGCAAGAAUCGACUCGAAGUUCCCCCACAUGUAUUCAGCAUCGCAGAAUCCGCAUACUAUAACAUGAAUGCAUACCACGAAAACCAAUGUGUCAUUAUAUCCGGCGAGUCUGGUGCUGGAAAGACCGAGGCUGCCAAACGCAUCAUGCAAUAUAUCGCGGCUGUAUCAGGAGGGGAGGAUAGCAGUAUACAGGAGAUAAAAGAAAUGGUAUUGGCCACCAAUCCUCUAUUGGAGAGCUUUGGUUGUGCAAAGACUCUUCGCAAUAAUAAUUCAAGUCGUCAUGGUAAAUAUCUGGAGAUCAUGUUCAAUACCCAUGGCGAGCCGAUCGGGGCCCAGAUAACGAACUAUCUCCUUGAGAAAGGCCGAGUGGUAGGGCAGUUAGAGAACGAGCGCAAUUUCCACAUCUUCUAUCAGUUCACAAAGGCUGCUUCAGAUGAGCAGCGAGAGCAAUUCGGAUUACAGGGUCCAGAUGCAUACGAAUAUAUCAGCAGGAGCAAUUGCUUAGAAGUUCAGGGCAUCGACGACUCAAACGACUAUGCGGAUACCCUAAACGCCAUGGGGGUCAUUGGCCUCAGUAAUCAGGAGCAGAACGAAAUUUUUCGGAUGCUCGCAGCCAUUUUAUGGUUGGGGAACGUCAGAUUUGAGGAGAUGGAUGAUGGAAAUUCGGCCAUCUCUGACACUGGAAUAACAGAUUUUAUUGCGUAUCUCAUAGAAGUAGAUUCGGCGAUGGUUCAGAAGGUUCUGACGUCAAGAGUCGUUGAAACUCAGCGAGGGGGACGACGAGGUUCUGUUUACGACGUUCCCCUGAAUCCUGCGCAAGCAACCGCUGGAAGGGACGCACUUGCAAAAGCGAUUUACAAUAAUCUCUUCGAGUGGAUUGUGUCGAGAAUCAACGUGUCGAUGAAGGCUCGAAGUGCCUCGGCACAAGUCAUUGGUAUCCUGGAUAUCUUUGGUUUUGAAAUUUUCGAGGAUAAUUCUUUCGAGCAAUUAUGCAUCAACUAUGUCAACGAGAAACUUCAGCAGAUUUUUAUCGAAUUAACACUCAAGACCGAACAGGAGGAGUAUGUCAGGGAGCAGAUUAAGUGGAAUCCCAUCAAAUACUUCAACAACAAGAUUGUCUGCGACCUCAUUGAAGAGCGCAAACCCCCUGGAAUAUUCGCUGCUUUAAACGACGCUUGCGCAACAGCGCACGCCGAUCCAGCUGCGGCAGAUAACAGUUUCGUCCAGCGGACGGCCAUGCUAUCUUCCAAUGCCCACUUCGAAGCCCGGGGAUCUCAGUUUCUGGUUCGUCACUACGCCGGAGAUGUCAUGUACAACAUCGCGGGCAUGACGGACAAGAACAAGGACGCACUAGUGAAGGAUCUUUUCGAUUUGGUUGGUAGCAGCGGCAACCAGUUCCUUCAGACAUUGUUCUCCGAUAGACCCGAUCCCUCAAGCAAGAAGAGACCACCGACUGCUGGUGAUAGGAUCAAGGCGUCGGCAGGUGCUCUGGUGGAUAAUUUGAUGAAAGCUCAGCCUUCUUACAUCCGAACAAUCAAACCAAACCAGAACCGUAGCCCGAUCGAAUAUGACACAAAGGCCAUCUUGCAUCAAAUCAAAUACCUUGGAUUACAGGAAAAUAUUCGUGUACGUCGCGCAGGAUUUGCGUAUAGGAAUACCUUCGAAAAAAUGGUGGAACGCUUCUACCUUUUGUCGCCUUCAACGUCGUACGCUGGUGAAUAUACAUGGCAGGGAGACGCGAAAUCUGGGUGUGAACAAAUUCUCAAAGAUACGGGGAUAGCCAAGGAUGAAUGGCAGAUGGGGGUUACAAAGGCCUUUAUCAAGAAUCCAGAAACACUAUUUGCCUUAGAGACUAUGCGUGAUCGUUACUGGCAUAACAUGGCAGCACGUAUCCAGCGAGCCUGGAGAAACUACUGGCGCUAUAAGAAUGAGUGCGCUAGACGCAUUCAGAGGUUCUGGAAGAACAACAAAGAAGCCCUUGAAUAUGCCAAAGUCCGUGACUACGGUCAUCGCGUAUUGGCAGGAAGAAAAGAACGCAGACGUUACAGUCUCCUCAGCUAUCGCCGUUUUCUGGGCGACUAUCUUGAUGUCAAUGGCCAGAACAUCGUUGGAUCUGACCUUCGCUCCGUCUGUGGUCUUGGUACGGAGCAGGCCAUAUUCAGCUCAAGAGUGCAAAUAUUAGUGUCCAGAUGGCUCAAGUCCAGCAAACCUAGCCCUCGUUUCCUUGUAGUGACUGCAAAAGCUGUGUACAUCGCUGCAACUUCUGAGAAGGAUGGUAUCUCGCUUGAACGCAAAAUUCCCUUGGUAACUAUCAAAAGUAUAUCGAUGUCUAACUUAAGGGAUGAUUGGCUGGCAUUGAAUUGUAAUGCCUCUGAAGAGGGUGAUCCGAUUCUUCACUGCUAUUUCAAGACGGAGUUGACCGCGAGUCUUCUUACGCUCACGCAAGCUAGUAUCAGCGUCUUGAUUGGCCCGUCGAUCGAAUAUGCGAAAAAGAAGGACAAGAAGGCACAGAUACAAUUUGUUAGAGACGAGACGAUCGCAAAAGAUGAUGUAUACAAGAGCCACUCUGUGCAUGUCCCGUCUGGCGAACCUUCAUCGAGCACCUCUCGACCUGCUGCAAGAAGAAAACCUGGUAUUGUUAGACCCAUUACUCAAGGAAAGCUCCUUCGUGCUGGCGGCCCCUCAGAUAAGGGAAAGACUUCCAGGCCGAAGCCAGCCACCCAACCACUGCCAGGGAAAUCUGCACAAUUUGCUGCCGUCAGGCCAACACCAGUGGCGCCUAAGUCAGCCCCCGCGCCUUCUACUCAUAUUUCAGUUCCGCCACCGCCACCGCCGCCGCACAAAGAGCCUGAGGCAGAAUUAUACAAGGCAAAGUUCGCUUUCGAGGGUCAAGAAGGCGAGAUAUCUUUGAAGAAGGAUGAUACCGUGGAACUGGUUGAGAAGGACGAGAAUGGGUGGUGGCUUGUGAGGAAGGACGGGCAAGAGGGCUGGGCCCCAAACAAUUACCUGGAACUUAUACCGCCAAAACCUAAAGCGGCGCCUGCCGCACGUUCCCCACCACCUCGACCACCACCACCACCUUCAGCUCCGCUAGCAGUCGCUGCCACUCCUAUCCCUGCUUCUUCAGCUUCAAAACCAACUGUUUCGAUCGUGUCUGUGAAGUCAUUGACAGCGGAUGCGUCGGCUAAGCCCGUGGCUGUUUUCCCUGGCCUUGCGCCAUCAAAUGGCUCCGCAGUGCCUUGGAAGAAGUCUGCAGUUGUGUCAGCUAAUGGGUCAUCAAGCAGUACACCUGCGAGCUCCCGCCCUUCGAGUUCAUUAGGAGUAAAACCCCCUCCAGUUGCCCCCAAGCCUAAACCUGUACCACCACCUGUCGCAUCGAAGCCAAGCGGCAGCAAGCCAUCUCCUAAGCCACCUAUACCCACAGCCCCGCGACCAGGUGCCGGCGUUGCGCCACCGAAGGUCUCUAAACCUAGUGCACCUGCUGGUCAGAUGGACUUGGCUGCUGCGCUCGCGAAGCGUGCACAGAAGAUAGCCGAUGAGUGA